GUGAAGAAGGGGACUUCUGCCUGCGCUCGUCAGACUGCGCGGCCGGGCUGUGCUGCGCGCGUCACUUUUGGUCCAAAAUCUGCAAGCCGGUGCUGCGGGAAGGGCAGGGUUGUACCCGGCAUCGACGGAAAGGCACCCAUGGCCGCCUCCAGCGAGAGCACGGCCCCGCCGACGCCUCCCGCCUUCACACCUGCCAGCAGCACUGA